AUGAACGAAAGCAGCAGCAGCAGCAGCUUAAGCAAUAAUGAGCAGGCUCAGGACACGUGCCGAUCGUUCGGCGAGAAGUGCAGUCAUCUGGUGAAGAAGCAGAGGGCCAAAUUCUACAUUCUCCGGCGAUGCAUAGCGAUGCUUGUGUGCUGGCACGAACGUGGUGACCCUUGACCACACCUUUUGAUCUCAAUUAUAUGGUAGA